AUGUCUCCUUGGGACAUGCCGGUGUCCGACCUCAACGUCGGCGCUCAGUCGCAGCUGACGACUGCUGUCUUUGCGAGCCUUUGCUUUACCUUUGUGUGUCUGAACGCUGUUGGAGUCUGGAUGACCUACAGGUCCAAUCAAAGCCACAGGGAGAACAAGAGGUUCGAGGCCAAGAUGAAGGCGCUGGCAGCUGAGAAGGCUGAGCAUGACGUCUCGCCCCUGCCCGCGGCGAGUGAACGAGGACAGUCAGGGAAUUGUAGAGUAUCUCCCACUCUAGACAAGAGCUGA